AUGAUAGCAACUCGUUAUUAUGAUCCAUUUGAUCCAUUUGGAUAUAAUCAAAUUUCAUAUGUUAUCCACAAUUUCAGUGAUUUAUGCGAUUUAUUGGAAAUCCAUGUUCCAGACAGAUCUCGCAACAUCAAAUGCACCAAAGCAACUGUAAAGGCUUUGCUGGCCUACAAGUCGCAAAAUUCCCUGCCAAAGACAAUCCAGUACCAUUCUGGCAGCUCGCAGCUUAUACAAGGUCUCAUGUACAGAGCCAUCCAGCACUGGUGCUGCAUCAGCUUCAAGAUUGUCCCCAUCGAAUUAGAGCUCAUCAAGAACAACACACCUAAAACCAUCUUGUACUGCGUCGCUGCCAUCAGUAUUGCAACAAUAAGUACACAGCAACAGCCAAUCAAACUGGAUGCAACAACAAAUCAUCAGCACAACAGAAAAGUAAAGACACUGUCAGACAGAGCCAUGGACGGAUUCAAAAAGGACAUUGCCUUCUGCUUUUACAAAAGGGCUUGCAACUACUUGCAAGAGACCAUCUUUCCAGACGAUGAAGACAGCUUCUCCGUGGUGACCAUCCAGUGUUACUUUUGUCUCAGCUACACAGCAAACCUACUGAGGUUACCAGGCGAACAAAGAACCUGGCACUAUUUGGCUUGUGACAUGAUGAAGAGCAACGUUUCCCUCAUUAAUGAAUCACCGGCAUUAAGACAGUGUUGGUACCGUUGGUACUAUAUCGACGCCUGGAUUGCCAUUGCAUUGAACCAAGAAUGCCUGCUACCCGACCGCUUUCCUUUUGCUGUAAAGAGGCCAGCACCAUCAACAACAACAACAACAACAACAACAACAACAACAACAACAAUCAAAGAGUCUAUUGUACCACAUAAUAGCGACAAUUCUAUUCAUGGCUGUUGUAUCAUGUCGAAUGAUACAUUAUACGAGUUCGUGCUUAUGACGCAGUUUAUGCGUCGGUUCAACAGAGCUAUUCAAGCGGGCACUUUGCCUUUGCUUUAUGACAGAUUGACGUUUGAAACUGAAAAUUGGUGGCGAACUGUGAAUGCGCCUAAUUUGCACCUUCGAAUCUGCUAUUUUUCGAUGCGAUUAGUCAUUCUCUUCUCUUUGUUGCAACAUGACUCUUACCAUGUUGAUUUCGACUUGCUUUUGGAUGGUUUAAACAUCACAUUGGAAGUGCUUCAGGGGCUGCAAAAUCUGAAGUUGAUGAAUUGCGAUCAAAGCACUUAUCACCACAUGUUUUUCGCUGUACACCAAACGCUCAAGCAAAUACUGGUCCACGUCAAACUACACCAAUUUCACUCACUGGAAGCCUUUGUCAAGCAGCAAUUUGAAAUGGAUUUAUGUAUCUUGGAGGGCACAGAUGCAUUCAGGGACGAUAUUUACCAGAUGCGUGAAAUUGCUGCCAACAUUGAAUCGGACCUGAUCGCAUUGGGCUACAUCCAAGAAAAUGCCAUCGUGCAGAGAUCUCUCAGGGUGUUUAGGGCAAAGAUCACACCACAGACCUUCAAGAGAGCGAAAAAGAGUCACUGA